CUUCCAUCUUUUCAUCAGUUAAGAGUUCCCAAUCUUCAUCGUCUACUACAGCAGCCUUCAGGCUUUCAACCUUCUUCUUGCCAAUCGCUAUCUUCAUUAAAUUAGCAAUAAAUAUUCUUGCCCUAGCUUUUCAAGAGCAAAGGCCGCUGCUCUUACUACCCCGUCAAGCAUGGGGAAGACAGCCUCACGCGGAGAUGCAGCCGCUCGAGCUGAACGUAAAUUCGAAAAGAAGCUCGAGUUUUAUGCUAAGGUUAAACAGACAGUUACUUCAUUAGCUGCCCAGAAGUCUAUUACUAAGAAGAAGAAAGUAAGAAGUAGGCAAAAGAAAUUAAAGGCUUAUGAUCUUUCCGAGCUUUCGGAGUUUCUCCCAGAGUUCAAAGCCUCUCAGCAACCAAAACCUGCAGAGUUCAAGUUGAAAAGUAAAAAUAGGAAAAAUUUAGUGUUGACGGAAAGCAAUCAGUUUCAAGCAGUUGUUAAUCAUCCUGCUUUCCAGGCAGAUCCGUUGGGUGCCAUUCAUCAACAUCUUCAAAGCACGCAGCCGACCCUGGAUGAAAAGCCAAAAAGAAGGGAAAACAAAAAUGGAAAUAGAAAAGGAAAAAAGAAAUCUAAAGCCUCGGCCGCGCCACAGUCAAUGGAGAUAUAGUGUGCACUUCAACUUCACUUUCUUUUCUGCUUCUUCUAGUAAAGAUCCCCAUUUGCCAAAUUUUGGCGUGUUGGUCUGUGUUCAUAGUAGUUCAUAGUGCUAUACUAAAUUAGCAGCUAUUUACCGCUAUGAUCUUUCCUAGAAUGUGCAGGAAAAGCGAUUAAGGUAAAUCUUAUCGUUCUCUUGCCUUGUCAUGUAUCGGUCGAAUACCAUCAUUCAUCCGUUGAGUUAGUUGCAACUUGCAAAAGGUACGCAAAGAGCGUUACAUUAAAGUA